AAGCUCCAACCAUCCUACAGAGGAAGCGAAGGCAGCAACAAAAGACUGCAAAUGGAUGGAGAUCAUCAAGACUUCAGGAUGGAAGUUGACCUGGAGAGCAGCAGCAUACAACCCAUACAGCCAGUGAAGGUCAGGCUGACCAAUUACAGCAGACAGUCCAGUCCCUCCCCUCUGAGGCUGACCACAAAGGCACAACCCCUCUCCACAACUAGACAAGACAGCCAAUCCCCAUGCAGGACACUGAGGGAUGGUGAAAGUGUUCCUUACACUCAGAGGAGGUCACCCAAGAGAUCCACAGCACCAAAACUUCACAGAAGACAUCAAAGUGCCCCAUAUCUGAUCAAUGCUCCCACAAAGAUGAGGAGGAUGUCACCUAGCAAACCUGUGUCAACAGUCUCCAACCAGUUUUGUCAACUUCCAACACAGUAUGUUACCAGAUCCAGCAUUCAACAACCGUCUCCCUUGACUUUGAUGAAUUUACAGCAGGAAUCCAAAUAUCUUACAAGAUCUCAAGUCAAGAUUUGGAAGCAGAAGAGUUCGUGUCCCUAUCAUGAGAAGUUGGCUCUAAGAGAAAACAAUCAGCCCAAGACACCUAAACACCAGUCUACACCAAAGAUUCCUCGCUCUCAACUAGUUCAGAAAAUGGUCCUACAAGCAGGUGGUGCCAAACCAAAACAGAGUCUCUCCAAAUUGUAUGCACACUCUAAAAGCAGAUCUCCAGCCAGAUGCAGACUUUCUCCUUUGGUAGAUAGUACCCCUCCCUUGACAAGGUCCAAGAGACAGUUGUUGACAGGCAUCACUACACCAGACAAAACAGCCACCAAUAGACGCAAGCAUGCUGUGGACAGUGCAGACUUGAAAAGACCUAAGAGUGGAAUCAUGACUAGGAUGAGAAGUCUUGCAGCAAGUAUCCAGGAAAAAUUCUCAAAGAAAAAGAAGAAGAAGCAGGUGACAGCCGUAACUGACUCAUCAGAAGUUGACACUGGUGUUCAAUGGAUGGACCUAGACUCUGAUCAGAAGACAGUUCAAGUAGCAGACUCCAGUGAGCCAAUGGACACAUCCCUACCUGUUAGCUGUUUUGGGACCCAAAAGAUCAACUUAACUGCAAAGAUGCCCAACAUUAGAAGGAAGCAAGUUAGAAAGAAGGAAUUAACCACAAUCCCACCCAAGAAGUCCAGCGAAGUGAUCACAGCUCUCCAUCUACAGAAAAUUGAUGUGACAUCCCAACAGACUUCUACAUCAAGACAAACAUGCUCCAAGAGUACCAAAACCUUUGUUCCAGCUGUAGUGUCUGCAGAAACUAGUACAACAGAUUUAGUAACAUCUUGCUCACAGGAUCCAAAGAAACAGAAGUCAACCUUCCUAGAGCUGCCUUUGUCCAUGCCGUCUACACACAGAUCAGAAACAUUUAAGGUUUUGUCUCCUUCACCCAUGAUUUCAAUCCCAGCUGAAGGAAUGCCAUUCACAGUUACAGCUUUGUCACCAAAGCCUAUUUCUACACCAAGAAAGUCACCAAAGGUUUCGACUCCUCAGCUUAAAAGUUCCAAACUACAUCCCAUGUCUCUCCAAUCACCAAAGGACAUCAAACCAUCAGAAGAAGUCUCAUCAGUGAUGAUGUCCUCAGGAAAAUCUUCCAGUAUGGCUGACCGUAUGUUCACACAUUCCCAGGCAGCAACAUUCCAGCCACCAUUCCAAAGCCUGUGUCCCAUCAGUGCCAAUGCGGAUGACUUAGCAGAUAUGUCUGCUACAUCUCCUGUACCACUGCCACAGACUUUCCUGUCAUCAUCAGUCCAAUGUACAGAGCCUGCAACUUCUCCUAAAGUGUCGUCACAAAUAGAGACUGCUGUGAAUGCAACAAAUGUGUUUGAAGUUUGCGGCAAGCAACAGACAACAAAACAAGAGACUCAGCUGCCUUUGAACAAACCUGCCACUUUGGUAAAUCCAAAAGACAGCUUAUCUCAGUCACAGAUAUGUAACCCAGCCAUUCCAGAGAUCCCAAAUUGUGAUGGUCAGCACGUUCACUCAUCUAUCUUCAGUAUCCAUCCAGUGUCAAACCCCUCAUCCACAAUGAUGCCAAAAAGCGAUGAAUUCAGCAACAGAAUGGUAGGAGCAGAUGUCGGUGAAGAGAUGCCAUCAGCUUUGUCCCAAAGAAUUACCUUCUCAACUUCCACAGAUACAACAGUGUAUGCAACAGAAGAGCCAAGCUGGAACGAGAGACCUUCAUGCCUUUAUGAAAAAUCAGCAUCUACGAGACCAUAUCAAUCCAUGGCCAUUCAGGAAAUUCCUCCUCCCCAGUCCGCCAUGAUUCCUGAGUAUGGUUCCAUCAAUUGUGCCUACGGAAUGACUGAUUUUAACUCCACUGUGUUGACAUACUACAGACACCAAGGACAUUUCCACAGCAGCUAUAUUCAGUACGGGACUGGUGAUCCAGUGAUGACACAAACAGCCUUGCCGAAGUUCCAGCAAACCCAGCCAAGUAUCUCCUCUUGGUAUUCCAAUCUCCAAGCAGAGCCUGUGGACCUGUCACUUCAAGCUCAGCAAAGGCAAGGUGAUUCCCACCAGGAUCUGAUGUGUUAUGAAACUCUGGACUUUAGUGAACUUUCACCCCAGAACACAGUGUGCAAGGAAUCCAUGACACAGACAAACUUGUCAAUUCCUUCUGAAUCCUGCCUCCCUGUGCUGUCAAUGAGUGAUUUGAUGAAAGGUGGAAUAGAGUUGGACAAAACCUCAACAAUGAACCAACCAGAUUCAGAAGUCACCUGCAGCCUCGACAUACCUUCAAAUGCAACUUCAGUAGGCCAACCAUCAAUCAUGCAGAAAAGGACAAAGUGGUUUGAGCCAAAGAAGAAGACACUUCUGGUGAUUCCCAGUGUCCGUAGCCACCAGAGUGAAGCUUCUCUUGACAAGGAUAUCCAUUCGAUAGAACAAUCAAUUCCAAUGCUGGAGUCCAAAAAGAGACCUUUUGAAGAAUCCACCAACAAUGAUGCUUCUUUGCCAGACAAGAAAAAGAUCAAAGUGUCGACCAGUGGACCACAACAAUCCAAUAUUUCCUCAUUCGUUGGAAAGCCAGGUAGUCCCCAGCCAGCAUGGACAGAGAACUGCUCUGAGUGUUCCCGUGUUGAGAAUAUCCUGGAAGAAACACCUUACUCCCUCCUUAAUAAUGUACCCUGUCCAGACCAUUUCUUCAAGUCCACCAGGCAGAUCAUCAGUGAAUACUACGACUCUCGGUCAUUCUAUCACUCCAGAGGAAAGCCUCACAUCGUGGCCCGAGACCUUGUUUGGCGUCUCUAUACAGUAGCCGAACUUCAUGGACACCGCUUCAACACUCUGAACUCCGCCAUUGCUGAAGCCAUCCAUCAUUCCGUUCUGGACAAAUCGCAAUGUGGUGAACAGACUUGGCUUGUAAAAUGCAUUCCCUUCAUCAACAGUGCAAUUCGAAAAUUCUUCCGUGUUGACUUUCGCAAGUAUUGGAGCCUUAUUGAACACAGAUGUGAUCCAAGUGUGUGUUAACUAAGACAAGUGUUAUAGUGUUAUUCUCCAACAUGUUUGACAACGGAACUUUAUGUGCACAAUUACAAGAAAAAUUUUGAUGUGGUAUUUGACCAACCUGUUUUGAUCAUGUAUAAUCAUUUUGUUAUCAAAACUGCCAUUAAUCGGAAGAAAGAGUCUUCAGAUUUAAUGAAUUACUGACUACAUGUUCCGGUACAUUUUUUUGUUUUAAAGAAACUACUUAUUUUGCAUAUUUUAUUUUUAUUUCAUUUUGAAGAAAUAACUUGUUUUGUCUAAGUUUUUACUUUAUUUAUUGUUGACAAACAACAAUUCUAAUUUUAUGUUUGUUACGAAGUAGGGGAGAUGAGCUAUGUAUGUUUUUUUUUUCUUGAGGUACACUUAAUUACUUGAUGACACUUUCUUGUAAGUGAAUCAUUA